AAGGCGUACUCCUCCACCCACGCGCCGGCGCCGCCCCCUCCUCCAGCGAUUACUCCCCUCCUCGCCCAAAGCCUAAACCUUAGAGCCGCGCUCGACCUUCUCCACACCAUCACGACUGGAAUCACGACUGCUUUGGAUGAGAUUUCUCUGCUUCCCCUGAUCCAUCGUGCUUGGAUCGUUCUACUGUUCAACUUGGUUCUGGAAGAUGGCUUCCUGGGGAGUCACUCCUAAGAUUAUGAGGUGCAACGGGGGCACUGGAUUCUCCAAGCAGCCAGAAGAGGAAGAUAGAUUCAGCAUGCUGAUGGAUGACAUUUUAAUCUCCAUCUUGGGGAGACUCGAUCUAAGAACAGCUGCAAGGAUGAGCGUUUUGUCCACAUGGUGGAGGCGCCUUCCUUGGUUGCUGCCCGAGCUCAAUAUUGAUGUCAAAGAUUUCUUACCAAUUCCACGCCCCAACCCUAUUGAGGCGAUGGAUAUGGACAAAGCAAUGGCAUCUCUAACCAAGGCAACUAGGAGUUUCUUGGUUAACCGACAUGGCGAAUCCAGCAGCAUCUCAACUCUGCACCUUAAGAUCUACCUGGUCAACGAUUCCUUGUGCGAAGCUGGCCCACUAAUAGGUGACGCAGUGGAGAGUGGUUUGCUGAAAGAUUUGGACCUUGCCAUUCUUUACAAGAGAGAUAUCUGGGCUUGCAGUGAGGAGGGUAUGCUACAGCGAGGCCAACCAAUAGAUGGUUUUUUCAGUGACUAUCCUGUUGUGCUCCAUUGCCUCACAAGGCUUUCUCUAUACACUGUACGCUUUGAGAAAUUGGACAUGCACCAUGUCUUGUUUGACUGCUGCAAGCAACUGAAGCAUCUAGCCCUUUCUCAUUGUGAUGUUGGCGCUCACUCUCUAUUUAAGAUUGAUGCACCCAAUUCAAAACUCCUUGUUCUAGAACUCACCUAUUGUCGUUUUGAGAUACUUGAGUUGGUCUGCCUUCCAAAAUUGGAGAAGCUCAGAUGUAACACUUGGGUGUCUCGCCAUGCUCCUUUGGCCUUUAUUUUGGUCCCGUCUCUUGGGGAACUAGAACUCUCAUGCGAUGCAAUACAUGGUCAAAGUGAAUUUAAAUUAAGUGAGCUUCUACAAGGAACGACUUGUAUACAUACUCUCACAUUGGGUUUCAAAGGAGAAAACGUAAGUUGUGGUUCAUCUCCGCCAAGUAUUCACAUUCUUUUUCCCUUUUUUGUUCCCUUUUUGUAUUCACUAUGUUGUGACAACUUUCAGAAAUACAUUGUACAUAUGUUUAUGCAUGAUAAAGAAUCCACAUAUAUUUAUUUGAUAUUCUCAUCAAUGUGAUUGCGAACUAUACAUUCUUUUUUCUUUUAAUUUAUUUAUCCUGUGAUCAGCUUUGGAUGCAACCUGAAAUGAGGCAACUCCUCCCCGCUUUUUGUAAGCUAAGGAAGCUAUCCGUGCGUGGUAUAUUUGUUGAAUUCGACCUUUUAUGGACGACAGCAUUUCUUUUGGCGGCACCAUGCAUUGAAAUAUUGCAUAUUGAGGUGAUGUCUUUGUCAAUAUUGUUCUCCUUAAUAAUUGUGAUGCCUUUUCUUUCGUACUCAACAAUUAGAGCUUAUUGUAGUUCUUUAUAUAUUUUGGCAGAAAGAUGUUUAAAACUUACAUAUGUAAUGAAUUGGUCACACAAACACAGGUUUGGGAACAUAUAUGUGAUGUGGAUGAUAAGUCCAGACAGCUGCACACCGAAAGAAGGAGCCCUCAGUGGGAAAUGCAAUUUGACGGCCCUAAGAACAGGUUUUUGAAAGAACUAGAAUUUUCUGGCUUUAGGUCACUAGAACAACAAUUUACAUUUAUAAGAUCCAUGCUGGAGCGAGCUCCGAAUUUGCAGAUGAUAAUUCUGAAAGGAGAUGAGCGAUGUGAGUACUGCGAUGCUCUUGAUACACCUCGUGCUGUGAAAUUUCCUAAGAAGGGUGAGCAAGAAAUGGUGGUUAGACGAAUUCGAGAUGGCAUAUUCUCACCACGGAUAAUUUUCGACAAAUAAGGAGCUGUACUAAACUUGUUAGAGAGGGCAUAUCUCGGGUGAAAGGAUAUUCAAUAUUUAAGUAGCAAGAAACAUUAUGUAUGCUCCAGGUGUGCAGAUGAAUUUUCGUUUACUGAGAAGAUGCAACUAAACACGCUCGUGCGAAAUGUAAUGCAAUAGGCACAUGGAGGAAUCACUAGUUGAUCCCCCCUCAAAAAUGAAAAGAAAUUAGCAGUUGAUUUUUUUUCAAAAC